AUGACAGUCAUCAGCCAGAUUAAGAGUCUGUUCUUCGGCUCCAUAUUUUUGACAGCUGGGUUUGCUAGUCUCCCGUUCGCUGCCUUUGGUCUCAUAUUUAAGGGCAGGCCGUUCGAUAUCUUCAAUAAAUCGAAGCUCUCUGAGGCAAACUUUACAUUUCUCUGGUCGAUUGUCGGUAGACCCUCUGCAGCCGAUGAGAAGUUGACGAAUAAGACGAUAUCACAGGCCUAUGGUGUGGUCCUUGAUCUAGGUCCAGGAACAGGCUUCACAGUCCACCACUUCGACAAAUCUAAGGUCACCAAGGUCUUCGGCAUUGAGCCGAACAAGGGUUUCCACCCAGCCCUUCAAGCUGCAAUUGAUGCUGCGGGCCUCACCGACAUCUACACAAUUGUUGGCACCGGUGUUGAAGACUCAGAGACGCUCAAGAAAUUCGGGAUCGAGGAAGGCUCGGCAGAUACCAUCGUGGCUUGUAAGGUUCUGUGCAGUAUUCCAGAUCCUAAGGCUACCAUUGCAGAAUUGUAUAAGCUCCUGGCUCCUGGAGGGCAGUUCUUGGUAUUGGAACACAUAAAGGCGAAAGGAGGCAUAGGAGCUAUUGCACAGAGACUUGCGAACAUGAUUUGGCCGUUCUUAAUGGCUGGCUGCGAACUUUGCCGUCCCACUGAGGCUUAUUUGUAUGGUGCUGGAGAAUGGGAGGUUAAGGACCUUCAGUACCCAGAGGGUAUCAGUGGGAAUGAGUUCAUCACGUUUACUCAAGGGAAAUUAAUCAAGGCGAGAUAA